AUGCCGGCCAGAACAAACGGGUCGGCGACGACCGCUCUGGCGACAAAGCCCAAACGGUUCGAGUUGCCCGCGCUUGAUUUCAAAUUCGGGUCCCUGACCGAUGGCACCAACAUCCCGCCGCCCUUGCCGUCGCCAAUUGAAGAGGAGCCGUCGGAAUUGAAGCUCAAAGAGAACAAGCCGAGUGCCACCAGCAGCAGUAAGACCAACGGAGCCCUGCCCGGUGCCGAUGAUGCCACCUCCAACUCUCUCUCCUCCCCAACGCGCCCCCUCGGCCGCGCGGGCCUGAAGCGCCCUGCGGAUGACAUCCCGGCCUCACCCACGCUGUCCUCGCGCCCCGGUAGCAUCCGGCGCCUCUUCAGCCGGAAUCUCCUAAACACCGCAUAUGCUAACGCUGAAGGGAACGAAGGCCACCUUCCCACCUCCAACAGCACCGCCACAGUCCCUGGCAGCAUCAUACGCCCUGAAAGCCGCAGCGACGGCAGCAUCCUGGACGAGCGCAAGGCCCGCCGUUCCAGCGGCUGGUUCCGCCGGUUACGAGGUGGUGGCACCGGAGACAGCCUGGCCAGCUCAAGUGCAAGCAUCAACGGCGGUGCACCGUCGUCGCCGUUGUCGAAGCGCUCGAGCGUCUUGUUUGCAGAUGCUAAGAAGCCGCGGCCGCAACCGCAAUCACAACCGCAACCGUCGGCAAAGCCCGCAGGCCCACCACCGCCCAUGAUCCCGGAGCUCGGCGAGCUCGAGGCCAAGGUUGAUCUGGACGAAGGCAGCCUCGGUGGCGACCUGUUCAAAAAUAUCAAAUAA